AUGGGGAUUCGAUUUUGUACUGAGGGCCAUUUAUUUAUAAUUGUAAUUGAAGAUGUCGAAGAAACAACCGAAUGGAGCAUAAAGAGGAAGAAGAAACUCAAGAAAGAAUUAAAAAAGGAAACAAAGGCAGCCACAAGGAUCGAGGCGUGGUGGCGGGGCACCCGGCGCAGGACACUGCUGCACGCGGCGCUCGGCACCUGCGUCGUCCAAUGCUGGUGGCGGCUGACGCUGCAGGCCCCGCUGUAGGCGUGGCGGGAGGCAGCCCUCAUCACCUACACCUGCAGAGAGAGGGCAGUGGUCAAACUGCAGUCUCUAGUCCGCAUGUGCUGUGUCCACUGGCGAUACUGCCAGGUGCUCGAUGCCGUCUAUGUCAUCCAGUGCCACUGGCGACACAACUGCCAGACCUGUGCUGUCCUCCAGGGCCACUGUGUGGUCACAGCCAUGCACCUGCAGUUCCACAUCGAGAUCCUGAACCACUGA